AUGAUUAAAAAGAUGGCAUCUGCACUGAAUGAAGACAGUGUGGAGAAGAAACUAAAAACUGUGACUAACACACAAGAUAGUAUUCAAACUCUGUCACUGUGGAUUAUUCAUCACAAAAAUCAUCAUGCUAAAAUUGUUGAGUUGUGGAUGAGAGUUCUUCGAAAGUCAGUGCAGCCAUCUCAUCGCCUCACUCUCUUCUACUUAUGUAACGAUGUGGUACAGACCUGCAAAAAGAAAAAGGCAUAUGUGUACAAUGCUACAUUUAAGGAGCACCUGAGAGAAGCUGCCGCUUUAGUGAGAGAUCAUUCAGUGAAGGGCAAAGUGGAAAGAAUUUUCAAUAUCUGGGAAGAAAGAAAUGUUUUUGACAGUGCAUUUGUAAAGAGCCUACACAGUAUUUUGAAUGGGCAGCCUGUGAAAUCCCCCCAAAAGUAUAAAGUUUUGACUGAAGAGGAGAUCACUAAUGCUCCCAUCAGCCCAAUGAACACUCCCCGGGUGGAGUUUGAAUCAAAAGAAGCAGCACCGGAGCCACAUAACACUGAUGGGAUGGCUGAACAUGAUGAGGAGGAGAGUGCUCGAAUAUUGGCUGAAUUUAAGCCACAUGAAAUGAUUGAUCAAAUAACAGCUUUCAGAAGGAUGGAGUUGGAGAUUCAGUUGAAAGCCAGUCAGUUAUCUCAUCUGAAAUUUGACGUGUCUAAUUUGGAUGCUGUAAAACACCUUAAAGAUCGGGCCCAUGGCAAUGAUUACUCCAACCAGUUUGAGGAUUCGUGCUCCAAGCUGGAAGACCUGGUGAAGAGACAAACUCGUCACAUAGAAGACCAGCAAGCCAUGAUUGAGACUUUGCGCUUGAGUGAGACAUUUUAUGAGGAGCAGUAUAGAGAGGCCAAGAUUGUGGCAAAUGCAUACAAAAAUUUUGGUGCCCGUAUUAACAACAUGAAGAAGAAACUGGAUGAGUUAAAACGAACCUUUCCGGAAGAAGAGAGUCCAGUAUCUUCCCCAGAUGUAAAUGCCCCUUCACCGGGCAACACACCACCAUAUAUCGCCAGUGCUAGCUAUGGUUAUAAUCCUGCAGCCCCAAUGAACUAUGGGAAAGGACUACAAAAGAAAGUGUGGUCAUACAGUGAUGCCGGGUCUAUGAGUGGAAUCUCCGUCAUGGGUGACUCAUCUCCAAACACGAACACAUUCCAAGAAUCUCCACCAUUGGAAGCGCCAUCUCCUGAGGGCACUCCUCCUGAUCUCAACUUGGAUGGUUCUGACAAUGUUAAUGUCAGUCUGGAUUCACGCCUAGCAAGCUUCUUUGACAGAAACCGGUCGGACAGUUCUAACCCUCCGGUAUACACACCACAGAUGUCACGUAUACCAGUGUCCAGCAGCAAAGUGAAAGUGGUCACUGAUGACGAUGGAGGUACAACACCCUUGGAUGACGAAACACCAACAACCCCAGUGCAGGAUGAGAAUUUGGUAUCACCGCCUAAACGGAACACGCCUCCAAAGAAGGAAAACCCAAUUGACUUUUUAUCAAGACUGAUAUCGCAGACUCAGAAAGCUCCAGUGAAGACAGGAGCACCAAGUUUUCUGGAUAGCCUAACCAUGCUGACCUCAUUCAACAAGAAACCGGAGACAGACAGUCAGCAGCAGGCAAAUGCUCCUCAGUCUUGGGCCGCAUGGAAAAUGCAGUCAACUGAAAGUAACACAUCGCCCAGUCAGCCGUCAUCUCCUAUGUCAUAUGGGCCUCCUGCCAGCAUACCCAGUUCAUCCCCUUUACCAUAUAGAUCCAACAGUAACCUGUCCACUCCAUCCACACCGUAUCCUUCCACGCCAACAAUGGUACCACCUCCCAUGCCUAUGCCUGUCCCUCCUCCAGUUUCCCUAAAUGUACCGCCACCGCCUCCUCCACCCUUUGGCCUGGCAUCAGUCAUAGCUGCAAAUUUCUCUGGCCCGCCGCCGCCAGUAUUCCAGCAGACGUCACCGGGGCAGAAAGAAAACUGGCCAGAUCUUAAACCCAUCCAGCCAAGUGAGCACGCCAUUCCCAUCAGGACGAGCCACAAUUCUGUGCUGAAAGAACUAGUGCCCGCAGAGGAUGUUGAUGGUAAGCCUGCACCCCCACUCUCUAAAGAGUCUUCCACGUCAUCAGCAAUCGUUCCGGAUGCAAUGGAAAUUGUUAGUGAUGAAGAAAGUGAUGCAGAAAUUGAUGAGAAACCAUCAUUGAAGAGUUCAGAACUGGCUGGGGAUGCCAAAACAGAAUUUGCCCAGAAGUUGAAGCAGAAAACUUCUCAGGGGGUGGUAAAAUCACAUGUAUUUGUACCAAAUCCAGAACGACCAAAUUUAAUGACGCUGACUGUUUCAGAUGACUUGGACGAGGAAGACAUGAUUGACGAAGACACUGUCGUGGAAGGAGCUCCUGCGUGGUCAGAAAAGUCUCACAAAUCCAGUCAUAGGUCAAGGUCACGGUCUCGAUCCAGAGAAAAAGACAGAUCUCACAAACAUAAAAAGAAGAAGAAAUACAAACGCAGCCACAACAGCGACGACAAUUCCAACCAUUCUGAAGUUGAGGAUGAAUCUAAAGGAAUAUCCACGGUGGGCAGUGUGGUUAAGAAAAUCGACGCCCGCUCUAGCAGACACAGUCGGGACAGCAGCAAAGGAGACAAGUAUGAUUAUGAUGAUAACUACGAUAGCAGGAAACAUGAUAAAUAUGACGACGAUAGAAAACAUGAUGAGAGAAAAUAUGACGAUAGAAAAUAUGACCGCUACGAUGACAAGGGCGGCCACGAUGGACGGGGGGACUACAGAACAUACAAACCCUACAAGGGCACAAAAGAUGUAAAAGAUACUGUUCAGGCAUACACACAAGCAUACAGAGAUGCAUUUUUUCAGCAAUACACUAUGGGGAGGCUAAAUUUUUUCCCUCCUGGGCCCCCACCACCACCGUUGGAUCCCAGGAGAUCAGCUUAUGGAAAGUAUUGA